GUCACAGAAAGAGAGAUGGCUUCUUUUCUGUGGACUGUAUGCCUGAGUUUCCUCCUUUUGGCUUCUGGAAGUAAAGGUGCUGCGCCAAGGAAGCCUAUAGAUGUACCUUUUGGUCGCAACUAUGUACCAACGUGGGCUUUCGAUCACAUCAAGUACUUCAAUGGAGGUUCUGAGAUUCAGCUCACACUAGACAAGUACACAGGUACUGGCUUUCAAUCCAAAGGCUCCUACUUGUUUGGCCAUUUUAGCAUGCACAUAAAGAUGGUUCCAGGGGAUUCUGCUGGAACUGUAACUGCUUUCUAUUUAUCUUCUCAAAACUCUGAGCAUGAUGAGAUAGACUUUGAAUUCUUGGGAAACAGAACUGGGCAGCCCUAUAUUUUGCAGACCAACGUGUUCACAGGAGGCAAGGGAGAUAGAGAGCAGAGAAUUUAUCUCUGGUUUGAUCCUACCAGGGAAUACCAUACUUACUCUGCACUAUGGAACAUUUAUCAGAUUGUGUUUUUUGUGGAUGAUGUGCCCAUCAGGGUGUUCAAGAACAGCAAAGAUUUGGGAGUGAGGUUCCCAUUCAACCAGCCAAUGAAGUUAUACUCGAGCCUGUGGAAUGCCGACGACUGGGCUACUCGGGGUGGUUUGGAGAAGACAGACUGGUCCAAGGCUCCCUUUAUAGCCACCUACAAGGGGUUCCACAUAGAUGGCUGUGAGGCAUCAGUGAAUGCCAAGUUCUGUGACACACAAGGCAAGCGUUGGUGGGAUCAGAAGGAGUUUCAGGAUCUUGAUGCUAUUCAAUACCAGAGACUCGAUUGGGUUCGCCAGAAAUAUACAAUUUACAACUACUGCACUGAUCGCGUCCGCUUCCCUACUGCCGCUCCCGAAUGCAAGCAAGACCACGACAUUUAAUCCUCUUAAACUAGCCAGUAAAGGGCAAAGUGUUCAAUCUCUAACACCUGGAAAAGAACAUUUAUUAUGCAUUUAGUAUGCCUUCAAUUGGUUCCCGUGAUUCAAAUUAUCACAGCAGAGUUCUGCUAUUUUAAUCAAGCUUUUGCCUGUAUGGUCAUGUCUGUUAUAAAUGGAUAAGAUAAAAUGGAAUGCAGUGAAAUAUGUAGCCCUUCAACUUUGUUUUCUUUUCUUUAUCUUUUUGGGAUGAUGAAAUGAUUCUUGUGAAAUGAUGGCUGCAGUCCAGAGGAACAUGAUCUAGUUUACUUUUCCUCUGA